CAACCAGGUCCCAUUUACUUCUUAGUACCUCGGAAGUGCUCUUUGUUCGGGGUGUGCUGUGAGGCAAUUCCCCGCCAAGUAAACUUCCUCUGUGAUGAGGCGGGAAACUGUGGCAAGGCUUGAGCAUCAUGGCCUAGGUGAGAAGACAGUGUAUUUGCAUUCCGAUAAUUGUUCUGGACAGAACAAAAACAACACCAUGGUUCAGUACCUGCUAUGGCGCUCGAUGACCAACCGCCACUCUCACAUCACUCUCUCAUUUCUGGUAGUUGGACACACCAAAUUUUCUCCGGACUGGUGCUUUGGGCUCGUCAAGAGACUGUACCGAAGGACAGAAAUCGGAAGCAUCGCUGAGGUUGUGGAGGGGUCGGCCACUUGCAACAAAGCCCAGCUUGUAGUGGAUAGCAACGGUGGAGUUGUGGUUCCGAUGUACGACUGGGCAAGUUUCUUUGCACCAAUCUUUAGGAAACUCCCAGAGAUCAAGGUCACUCAUCAUUUCCAUGUGAUGUCCAGUAAGCCAGGUGUUGUUGCCACCAAGAAGCACAGCGACUCUGUGGGGAAGGAGCACAACAUUCUGAAGGAGGAUGAGAUGCGCCUUCAGAGAUUGUACCCAAGGGUCUGUCACUUCAGCGGCAGUGGUACCUCUGAUAAGAUCCGAGAGUUCUGCCCUGUCGCUGAUCAAGACAUUACGUGUCCAGAGCCAUCUGCUCCACGGCCAGACAGUCGACAGCCAUCAGGUCCCUCCUCUCCCAGCUCUCCCAGCCAUCCACCCCCUGCCAAGAGGCCCAGACGCUGCAUGUGGACAGUGUGGCCAACUUGGUCACAACAAGAGGAGCUGUACUCUGGACUCUUCACUCUUCUCCCAGCUAGACAUCUGUGUUACCCUCAUACCCACACAUUGACAGAAUAA